AUGGUCAUCUUCAAAUACGUGGGCCGCUGUGCUCUGAUAUUCCUCCUUGCUCUGUUAUGCGAUGUGACGGGACUGAUCAUCCUCCUCCUGGGAAUUUUUGCUCCACUAACCUAUUGGGACUUCUUUAUUUACUCGGGAGCUGUGCUGAUCGCUUUCAGCCUCCUCUUCUGGAUAUCCUGGUACACAUCCAACAUCGAGGUCCCCUUUAGGGAACUAGGUUUUAACUAA